GAAAACGGUAAGAAAGAGAAAGACUCCGGAUCUGGAGGUAAAGCGCCUGCACCAGGCGGCGGUGGGCCAGCCGCUCCAGCACCUCAGGCUGCUCCACCGCCAGCGGCUGCACCACCACCUCCACCCAUUGAUCCUGUUGAUGUGAGUGGUCACGUUGGUUGA